UAUAUCGAACAUUAAAAAACGAUGUAUAAAGGAUCAUGUGAUGUGUAUAUAAUUGGAUAUGUUAAUAAAAAAUUGUAAAGUACAUGUAGAUGAUGGAGAAUAAAUUAUAUUGAUUUUUGAAUAUUCACCGGGGAUUUGUCGCCGUUGUUUUUUAUCAUUACUGGUGACCUUUAUGAUUUCUCCGGCUUGAAGUAAAUGGAAUUUCAGUUAUACUCGGAGGAUGACGACGAUGAUUACCGCAAACGCCGGAAGAUCGCCGCCAAGCCGGAAAAGAAACGGGACGCCAGUUCCUCGGAGGAUGACGAGCGCCCGGGACCUUCACAGCCCGUCCACCGCCCCCGAAAAGUGGCCAAACUGCAGAAACUGAAGAAACCCAGUCGCGCCAGGCAGCGGCGACUGCAGCGCCCCCCACCGGCGAAAUCCCCGGCCACGCCCCCUCCCACCGCCAAACCCCGCCCAAUAAAAAUUAAAAAAGUUAAAACACCGCCACCCCCUGCGGAGUCACCCCCGCGGGCGGUGGUGCCCAAGAAACCCCGAAAGGUCACGAAGAAGGCUACCGUUAAAGCAGCCGCGGCGACGAAAGCGGCCGAUCCGGCGGAGAGGAAGAAGGAGAUCACCCGGCUGCAGAAUCAGUUCCGGAAUAAUCUGCAGAACCUGCGCAGUCAGAUUAUCGCCGUGGAGAAGCAGAAUGUCAAGUUGACGGCGGCGCUGCGGAAGCGCGACCCGUGUAUCACGGAGAAUCUGGAGGAUAUCCGGCGGCCGGCGUUCGUGCAGGGGAAGUAUCCGCUGCGGAUGUGCAUCUGCGGGAAGUACGCGACGUCGUUUCGGGAUGUUCCGGCGGAGCUGUUGGCCAAAGUGGUCGGGCAUGUCGAUGCGGUGUCGCGGCAGAAACUGCGCCGGGUGUCCCGGUCGUUCAAAGAGGCGGUCGAGAGCCCGGAAGUAAAACGCUCCGUGACCUUUGCCACGCACUUCCACCUCUUCCCGCCCCCGGACGCCCACCCCGAGCACCGUCUGGACUUCCUGGACAACCUGUACGCCUUCUCCCUGUCGGCCGACACCCAGUCCCUCCUCCUGGACUGCCGCAACACCCCCCACCCGGACCCCGCCCUCCCCCUCAAACACCAGCUGACCCCGGCCGAGCGCCACUUCACCGCCUCCCACCACGACCUCCGCCAGCGCAUGCUCCCGCUGUGCCCCAACCUCCGGCGGCUGGUGCUCUCCCACAUCCGGGUGCUGUGGUCGGACCUCCUCUUACUCCCGUUGCACGUCGAGGAGGUGGGGCUGGUCAAUGUGUUCCUGGUGGACGACACUCCGGAGAUCUACCGGCCGGAGGUGUUCGAGAAUACGGCGUUGAUCCGGGAGGAGACGCUGGGGAUUGUGGAUCUGGAGGGGAUGCAGGGGUUGCGGGAGGAGAUGGAGCAGUUGAUGAAUGAGGCGCGGCGCGGCGAGGGCGUCAAGACCAAACACCGGGAGGCCAUCCUGGCGGCUGUGCCGCGGCUGAUCAAGAUGCCGGAAGUGGUCAAGCUGGUCGGGAAACUGCUGGCGUUAAAAGAAUCAACACGGCCGCAGUGGUUCGGGAGGAAACUGGAUUUAGCCGGCAUCACGCCCAGCAUGAUCUACGACAUCAACCCGUGCACACGGCGAUGCUUGUACAAAAUUGCCAAUUAUUUCUGUCCUGACAGAUAACUUGCCGACUCGUGUUUCUUUAUCAUCUCUUUUCAAUUAUCUUGUUUUUCGUGCAGCCCGUGUAAAUCGCGUGCAGCCCCUUCCCGCGAUA